ACGUAUGCCUUGCUCUGUAACAUGUCAACAUGUCUCAUCUUAGAUGUAAGCAGCACAAGUGUGGAGGUUGGACAAGAUGCUUCUAAACCUAACGGGAUGACUGGACCUGGUGGCGCAGCAAACAGUGUUGAGGACCGGGAUGAGGAUGAGAGCUCAGAUGAAGGUGUGAAAAAAAGAAUUCCUCCUCCUCCUCCUCCUCCUCCUGCUCCACAGCAAAAGUCACGAAAGUUAGUUGGGCCAGCAGGUGGUAACAGGAGAAAGGUAGCACCACCAAAGCAGAAGAGGAGAUCACCGCCCUCUCGUCGUCAACCCUGAAAUGUCACAAAGACACACAGAGGCAAACAUUUACUUUUAGUUGAUUACCUAGAAAACCCCCAUAUCGUAUCAUAUUACUGUGUAUGCCAUAACAUGGACGUGUACAGAACCAUUCGCACAUGAUGAAGCUGUUUUGAUGUAUCUUGGGUAGUAAAACAAAGUCAGCAUGACAUGGCAUAUUGUUUACUGUAAAACCUGUGGAACAACUCAGUGGUAGGUUCAACACAAACUCAAGGGCCUUUCUCUGUGAAUAAAAUGUAGCAUUGCAUUGACCAUUUAAUGUUAUGACAUGACAACAGGCCCAAAAACCCCAGUCUGAGACUAGUUCAGCCUCCAUUAAAAUCCAGGGUGAGGCAUGCUUUUUGCAGCAUCGUGACUUGACACUGACCUUAAGAGCCAAUGAAACUGCU